UGCCCCCAAACGAGAAUACUCAGAAAGAUGGCGCAUUCAUCACUCACUCUAUCCAUUACUUAAAGAAGGGUCGAGUUUUCCACGAGGGGUUGGAGGAAACACACAACCAAAACGCGCAUGUCCCUCAGCUAAUUAAUAUAGCUAAUCAUGGCAACGUAUGGUGCUACUGUUGGUGCUGACUGGUAAUGUCGCAGAUGAUGUACGAGAGCGUGAAGGUGAGGGUCGAACAUGUCGCCGAGAGAGGUAACGUCAGGGAAGAGUACACCGAUGGAGAUCGGGAGCGCCAAGCUCUCGGCUAGUGGACGAAUGAGUUCACGAGGCAAGAUCAUCCCACUGUCAUGCAGGUACUUCAAUCGCAACCCCCGACAUUACUAUUCCGUGUUACACAGCGACUUGUGAACUGUCUAGUGCACAUGGUCCGCGUUCAUUGAGAAAGGCUCCACCUAGGCAUCGGGAAAGGCAUUGUCCUCAAGAUUGCUCCAAGCCGGAGAGGUCGCGAUUUGAUCAUGGGACUCGUGCAUCCGAACCAAGAGUUCUGCCAACUCUUGGUGGUUGUCGGCAGCUAUCUCUCAAUGAAUAUGUGUAAACAACAUAACUCUAGGUAUUGUAUAUGAUGAGUCGACAUGGGGCUCACAUUUGUUACUAAUAAUGGAUGUAAUUUGGGAAAGGUUUUGCUGGACAACAGCAGAGACAGAGACAUUGCAGGAAACGUGAUCCCGAUCUCAUCUCUCUCUCUCCGGAGAGAGGAGCAAGAAGGUGCCCCGCCAUUUCAAGGCCGGUGCCCUCAAUGCCCUGAUGGUUGUGAAGAGAAGUGGGGAAGUGGAAGGGCUGGUGUUGCAAUUGCUGGUUUUGGGGUCGUCAAUUGCUGGUGGUAUGAAGCAAGGUUUUCGAGGAGUGACGAGGGAAGGAUACCACCAAAGGAUACGUUGGCAUCUGCAUUUACAGCGUCUCUUCUUGGUGUUGCACUUUCUCUGGCAUGAAGGUUUUAAGGUCUUCUAGGGUUUUAGUUUUGCAUGAUGAUAUUUUCAUCCACGCGUUUAGAUUGAGCUUACGAUUAUAGUGUCUCUAAAUUUGAUGCUUCUCCUCUUAAAACGGUCCUUCCGCAUAUCGACUCAAUGGCCAAAGUGUACUCGGCAUCGAUUAUGAAUAAUAAUCUUUACUAUCCAAGCAAAGAAAGAAAAGGACAUGUAUAGUCGAUCCUCUGUAUUUGCAUUAUUGAACUUAUGAG